AUGGUUACCGGCGAAGAAGGUUUGCUGACGCAGCUCUUGAUGGAUAACCAUGGUGGCUCUAGAGCUUCUGAUUUGAGCAUUGAGGAUCUGAUGCAUGAAUAUUUAUCUCGACCGCCACAGAUAGCUGAAUGGUUAUGGUGUAUCGAAUAUGUAGCCAAAUUCGUUAAGGAUAUACGCUGCAUACUCGGUUUGAUGAACAUGGGGUAUCAAAACUCAAAUGACUAUGGGAGGAGGAUUAAUGAAGUCCUGUCUCUUAGAGUCUUGGAGUUCUUGUUUGAUCCAAGCAAGAAUGGUGAUGCUACGAGCCUCGCCGUUGCUUCAGAGGCAAAAUUUGAGUUUGAUUUGUCUUUGAGCAACGCUGAUGUUCUCAGAGCUAUUCUGAGAGAGAUUCCAGUAUCAGAGCUACGAGCAGGCAUGCCGGAGCUAUCCAAAUUCAAUGUUGUUCCGUUUAUUGCUCACAAGAACAUGUGUUUGCCGCAAUGUGCGCUUGAGAAGCUGAAAGAUAUGAGUUUAACGGAGAAUCAGCCAAGUGUAGCUCCUUCCAUGGAAGCAAAUGAUCCUGUUUUUAGAGAUGAUGGACCAGUGAACAUGGAUACAUGCGAGGAUGAGCCGAUAGAUGAGCAGCAAGUGCAUAUUGGUUUGGAACAAAACAUAAACGAGAAGGAUAAAGUAAUUCUCAUCGACGAUGAAGAUGAGCCAAUGCACACCAACCAAAAAGAUGAAGUAGUUGUGAUCGAUGAAGAAGACACAGAGAAUGAUCAAGACAUGGCCGGUGAAGCCAUUAGCAACGGUAAUACUAGUGGUGAGACCUCUCCUCCAAGCUCAAGCAGAUGGGCAGAGGAUGCACGUGUGAGAUGUACAAAAGAUGGAACCUGGCUAAUCAGUGGGAGCGAUGAUGAUGAGUCAGACUUGGCCAAGAAGGAUGCAAGCUCCUGCACAAGACCCGCGAAUGUGUGCUGGAAAUGUGGAAAAGAAGGGACGUUGUUGAUAUGUAGCAGAAGCGAGUGUGCAUCAAAAGUUCACAAGGAGUGCUUGAUUUGUCCGGUUAGCGUUGACGAAGACGGGAACUUUCACUGUCCUGUGUGCUGGUAUGCUCGAGUCGUUUCAGAGUACUUAGACUCUCAGAAAUUGAUGAGCUCUGCCAAGAGAAAACUGGCGAAGUUUAUGCCGCUACUAUCAACAAGAAGCAAGAGAGUCAGACUAGAGCAAUCUAAAACUCCCUUGUUCUUGGUAAAUUUUGGGUAGAAGACGAGUUUGGGAAGAAAAGUGGAGUAAUUUUCUUUGUUCAUGUCUUGAUGUAAAGAACCGGAGAUGCGAGGGGUGAUAUGUAAGAACAUAAAGUUAAGGGUGUGAAUCGUUAUUAUUUAAACUGGCGGGGCAUGCAAAAACUUCACG